GAAAACAGCAGCUCAAAAACAUAGAGCCCUUUUGGAACGGAACCUGAUUCAUUUUGCUGUUGCUUUCUUUCUUUUACUAAAGAGGAAGAGGAAUCAAAUCAAUCGCAGGGUUUUAAUUUUGUUCUGAAAAAAAAAGGAGGAGGAGGAGGAGGAGGAGGAGGGGAAAAGCAACAGAAAUGUCUGCUCGGCCUCAGGUCACCAUCACGCUGGGCCGAAGCGGUCAGGUUGUAAAGAGAGCAGGGUCUAUAUCCGAUGUUAGUCAUUCUGAUUACGAGCCAUCAUCUGGGAGUAAGAGGCCAAUCAGAGAGAGGUUGGGGAAUAGGGUAGGCGAUUCCCAUUCUUAUGGUGGUCUGACCAGAAGCAAAAGACAACGGACGGAGGAUGAUAGUCACAGUUUGAGUGAUUAUGAUAUGGAAGAUAACAAAAAGUACAUGCCCAACCGUCGGGUUGGUCAAGAUGAUCUAAGGUAUAAACUUAAUCACAAAAAAGUUUCCAAAAGAGCUCAUACUGAUUCCAAUGAACGGAAUAGUGAUCUUCGUGAAAAGCUUUCGCGUAAUUCUAAUGGUCAGUCAAGACGACAUGUGCCAGAAUCAAGACCCUCUGGCCUUGUUAGGCAAAUUCCUCCAACGCGAAGUGCAGAAGAUUUGUGCCACUUGAAUUCAUUGAGGAAGUCAUAUGCUUAUACUUCAGACAGGUCAAGGCAUAGAUCUCCUGACAGAUUAGUAGGAGCUUCUAGGGGUAUGUCUCCUCCUCGCAGUUACAAUGACCCGCGGCAUGUUUCGUCUAUGAGGCCUUCUGACAUCUCAAGACCAGAAAAUUUCAUUCCAAAGAGUGUUCUUGAUGCUUCAAGAUCUGAUCCUUUGAUGAGCAGAGGUCCAAUUCCUGUUGGAACUGCCAAGCCUAUCAUGCGAGCUCCUCUACCAAGUGGCACUUUACAGAAAACCUCUUACAUGCCAGAAGAACCACAUACUGUAGCAAGCUUGUUGCAUUCAUUGGGUCUAGGGAAAUACGCCAUUCUUUUUCAGGCAGAGGAGGUAGACAUGGCAGCAUUGAAGCAAAUGGGAGAUAAUGAUCUCAAGGAGUUGGGAAUACCAAUGGGUCCUAGAAAGAAGAUUCUCUUGGCAGUCUUACCUCGUCUCAAACGUCAUUCAUGAGGAUAAUUUUUAUUUCUUAUCCUAUUUAUGGUUCAUGCAUUUUCAUUGUACUAGAAAUAUUGGUCCAUCGGAUGUAAAUCUUCAAAAGAUUGCUCUCGAGUUUGCGUUUCUGAAUCAAAGUAAAACCUCACAAGAUAGUUUAUGCGGAGAUA